AUGUCUGGUGAGGCUGACGAGGAUGCUAUCUCGGAUGCUUCCUUCCAAUCUGCAGACGAGGAGGAGGACGAGGAUGAUCUAAACGACUUCAAUGAAAACGCUGGCGGUGCAUCCUCGUCGAAGGGACAAGGUGGAGAUGCGCAGCCUCCUGGUUUGGACGACGACGACGACGAUGGAGGCAAGCGUUGGAACUUGAAACGGGACGGUGACAAGGUGCAGCUGGAGCCAAUUUUUAACAGACUGGCAGAGGAUCGUGAACAUGUUAAAAUCUCCAAGAUGUUCUCGUAUGUUCUGCGACAUGCAGCUCACAAGCUGGAUGUGAGGAUCCGGAAGGAUGGCUUUGUCCGGCUGCGUGACAUCAUGGAACUCAAGAACUUCCGGCCAUACAAUCUCGAGGAGCUGAUGGCCUGCGUUUACUUCGAUGAGAAAGAGCGCUACACCAUGGUUCGGGAGUUCGAUGGUGAACUCUUGAUCCGCGCCAACCAGGGACACACCAUGAAGGUUGUCGAGGAUGAUCUGCUCCUGGAACCCAUCACGGAUCCCACCACCGUGUCGGACUGUGUCCACGGCACCUACCUCGUGCACUGGCCCUUCAUCAAGCGGCAGGGUCUAUCCAAGGUGGCGCGAAACCACAUCCACCUGGCCCCUGGCCUGCCCGAGGAUGGGAAGAUUCGUGGCAUGCGCUCCACAGCUGAGCUUUUCCUCUACAUUGACGUCCCUGCGGCCAUGCAGGAUGGGAUGAUUUUCUACCGAAGCAAGAAUGAGGUCAUUCUUACACAAGGGUUGGAUGGAUGGCUGCCAGUGAAAUACUUCAUCAAGGCAGUGAAGAUCAACUACUCCACGUGCGAUAUCGAGGAGUUGGAUUUUGAUCGGGGCGUGCACAUGCCCAACUGGGCGGCUGAGCUGGCUCCAUCCGGCCCGGGUGAAGCAGGUAGCUACAUGGUCAAGAACCUUGAGGCAUUGAUUGCAAACUGCCGCAAGCGAAUGGCAGAGAUCAAUGAGCUGAAGGCGCAGGUCGAAAACGGGCAGCACCUCACCGAGGAGGAGCAGUCAAAGGUUGACCAGUACUCAGCGGUUUACAUCGAGCUCCAGUCCCUUGAGCAGCGCUUUCGGCAGCACAAGGGAUACCGAAGGGAGAGCACGCAGGAGAAGGAACUUCGUGCCAAGGAAGAGGCGGAGGCAGCCACGGUGGUGCAAAGGAAGGACAGAGCGGCAACUUGGAUGCAAAGCAUGAAUCACAAGCCAGCCUACCUGGGACUCAACUUCAAAGCCUCAAGCUUGAGCUGGCAGCAGCAGCAGCAGCCAGCACUGAAAUAG